CUUGUGUGCAGAAGUGUAGUGAAAACAGUCUUAACACGUUUCUGAAUUCAAAGGCAGCUAUUUUCCUGAAGUUAUGAGUAAAUAUAUUUUACCCGUUUCUGUUUUCGGGACCGUGUUUGGAGUCGCUGUCUUACUAAAAAAUCAUGUGACUGGAGGCCGGUGUCCCAGCAAGGCGACCAUUAAUGGGAAGACCGUGGUCAUAACGGGAGCGAACACAGGCAUCGGAAAAGCCACGGCCCAAGAACUGGCCAAGAGAGGGGGUCGGAUCAUUAUGGGAUGCCGCGAUAUGGAGAAGUGCGAGGCGGCUGCCAAGGAAAUCCGGGGGAAAACCCUGAACCCUCAUGUUUCUGCAUGUCAGCUCGACCUGGCCUCCAUGAAGUCCAUCCGAGAGUUUGCAGAGAAAAUCAAAAAAGAGGAGAAGCAUGUGGACGUGCUGAUAAACAACGCCGGGGUCAUGAGGUGUCCAGCCUGGAAGACAGAGGAUGGCUUUGACAUGCAGUUCGGAGUCAAUCACUUAGGCCACUUCUUGUUGACAAAUCUUCUGUUGGAUAAGUUGAAGGAGUCCGCCCCCAGCAGAGUGAUCAACCUUGCCUCGCUCGCCCACUUGGUUGGAAAGAUUGACUUUGAGGACUUGAACUGGGAGAAGAAAAAGUUUGAUACCAAGCAGGCGUACUGUCAGAGCAAGCUUGCCAAUGUUCUGUUCACCAGAGAGCUCGCCAAGCGAUUACAAGGCUCAGGAGUCACUGUGAAUGCGGUGCACCCAGGAGUCGUUGCCACGGAGCUCGGGAGACACACCGGCCUGCACCAAUCGCAGUUCUCUAGCUCCGUGCUCAGUCCCUUUUUUUCUCUGCUGGUGAAGAGCCCGGAGCUGGGAGCCCAGCCCAGCGUCUACCUGGCCGUGUCCGAAGAGGUGGAGGGGGCGACGGGGCGAUACUAUGACGUGAUGACGGAGAAAGAACCGGCCCCCCAGGCCCUGGACGAGGAGGCGGCGCGGAGGCUGUGGGAGAUCAGCAGCCUGCUGGUGGGUCUGGAGGAGGACGGACGCUCCGGCACUGUAAAUUCAGCAGCAGAAGGCCAGAGAAGUGCUGGACAGACCGACGCGGCACAGAGUCCGACUCCAGCUGUCGGUACCUCGGGGUCCGCUCCAGCCUCCGGGGCGGCGGCUCAUUCUGAACCUUUAUGAGCCGAGCUGAGCCAGGCGCUCAGGAACAGUGACUUACCUCAGACUGUGACUCUGGGUUGCUUUUGUUUAUAUUCCUGCAUCAGGAUGCCGUAAUAUUGUAUUCGCCAGUUUCAAAGUGCAAUUCAUCAAUAAAACAAUGGAACUUUAAUCUUUUGGUUAAGCUCUGGGAUCUUGAAGGGAAA